UACCCCCAUGGUUUUAAACGUUAUAUACAAAUCUUAAUGUUUUGGUAAAAUUAGAGGCAUAUCAAUGUGGAACUUCAGUGAUCCCCGUCACUGGUGCUGCUGUAUAUACCUGUAGGCUUGAGUGAUUCUGGGGCAGGACCUGCUAACAUUACCUGCUUAGUAAAAUCAGGCUUGUUAGGACAGAAAAAUGAAAACAUUAUACAGGGUCCAUUGUAAACAGUUUCUGAAAUAUGGGGUAAAUUGCAGCUCCUCCUCCACUAGUCUUAACCCUUAAACAUCAACUGAGUAAACGAUUCGUAUCAGUUCAGUGAAUUGAACUAAAUGACUCGAGUUACUAGGAAGAAUUGUUUUGCGCGUCCCGGAGUCACGUGAUCAAACCGAGGACGCUAUUUAAGCUUGUGGCGCGCGCGCUUCUCUGUUCACAUUUCGGCGCUGUACUUAAAAGCAGUGUGUUGAGGAAGUAAAAUAGUAAAGUUGCCACAUUUGCACUCAGGAGGACUUGUCUUAUUUGUCCACAGGUAACUGAAGAAAUGAGUUCUGUCCGAAAAAUGAAGCAAGUGGCGAAUCCUUGUGAAAAUGUAAAGAAUUUUUUUACAACACAAACAUCAGGGGCAUCUUCCAGGAGGAGAACACUUCAGGUUCUCCAGCCAUCUGCUGUAAAUAAGCGUCUUGGGAAGAUUGAGACUGGGAAGACUGUUCCUAAGCGGAAGAUAUGGGGUGCUGACGAGGGGAAAGGCUCAAAGAGAACUAAAGCUGAAGUGGCAGUGAAACAUGCCAAUGCAGAAAAUGAAAACCAAACUGAAGGAAUCUCUCAGGAAGCCUAUGAGCUGAUGGUCAAAGAAACCCCUACCUCUUCUUACUGGAAGGAGUUGGCAGAGGAGCGACGGAAAGCCCUUUUCAACAUUCUCCAGGAGAAUGAGAAGCUUCACAAAGAAAUAGAAGCCAAAGAUGAGCAGAUUGCUGAGCUGCAAAGUGAAAAUGAUGAACUACAGGAGCUAGCACAGCAUGUUCAGCACAUGGCUGACAUGAUUGAGCGGUUAACUGGUAAAAGUCCAGACAACUUGGAAGAACUACGAGAAAUUGCCUUUGAUGCGGAAGAUGAAGGUCCUGAGUGCAAAUAUGAAGACUCUGGAAGUGAUCUGGAGGAUGAGGAAACAAAAACGGAGGCCAAUAAUACAGGGGUUGUGACUGAAACAGAAGAUAACACUGUCUCAGAUGACUCAAAGUAGUGUUUAAACUUGCCUUGGACAAUUCAGUACUAUGGCAUGUGAGAAGCUGGUGUGGGGUUUUUUUUUUUGUUUUUUUUUUUUAAACUUGUUUCUUGACUUUAUCAACGUGAUGUGCAAUUAUUUUUUUUGUUUUUAUCUUCAUUGCUGUAUAAACUUUAACAUCUGUACAUAUGUGAAAUUUGACAUGUACAUGAAUAAACAGCCAUAUUUUUUAUAAACA